UUGACAAAGCUGCAGCCCGCCUGUCAUCUCCUGUGAUGUCAGCAGCAUAUGAACUCUGAUAGAAGCCCACAGCAGCCUCAGUUAGCCGUCACCUGUCCGCUUACACUUCUUUAUCUUUUCUUCAUACCUGCAUAAGUUAGUCCUCCGAUUCUCAGAGUUUCUGCAUCGUGGACACGAUGCUUUUCUACGGGAGUUGCAGUUUGCUGCUGGCACUGGUGACUUUUCACGGAGCCGCUCGUUCGGAAAUGGUGUUCCGUUGUCCGAGCUGCACUGCGGAGCGCCAGGCGGGUUGCCCGAUUCUCACGGAGACGUGUGCUGAGAUUGUUCGCGAGCCGGGCUGCGGCUGCUGUCCAGUGUGUGCCCGGCAAGAGGGCGAGCUGUGCGGCGUUUACUCACCAAGAUGCUCCAGCGGUCUGCGGUGUUACCCCAAGCCGGAUUCGGAGUUGCCCCUGGAACAGCUGGUUCAAGGUUUCGGGAGAUGUGGACGUAAAGUGGACACUGAGCCCACAGGAAGCGCAGAGCCUCGGGAAGUCAGCGGUGAGGUGCAGGACUCUUUGCACAUUGGUCUGACUGAGGUUCCUCCCAUAAGGAAGCCCACCAAAGACAGUACAUAUAAGGAGAGUGCUGUCCUUCAACACCGUCAGCAGCUGAAGACCAAGAUGAAGUACAAUAAAGUUGAGGAUCCUAAAGUGCCGUAUGCCAAACAGAGCCAGUGUCAGCAGGAGCUUGACCAGGUGCUGGAAAGGAUUGUAAAAAUACCCUUCAGAGAUAACAGGGGCCCCCUGGAGGACCUUUAUUCCCUGCAUAUACCCAACUGUGACAAGAGGGGGCAGUACAACCUGAAACAGUGUAAGAUGUCAGUGAAUGGACAUCGUGGUGAAUGCUGGUGUGUAAAUCCACACACAGGAAGACCCUUCCUCAACUCUCCACUGAUAAGGGGUGAUCCCAACUGCAGCCAGUACCUUGAUGCUCUAGAGAUGGAUCCCUCUGUUGACCCCCAAAACUACUAACAUCCUGAACCAUCCCAUCCCUCCCCAUCUUGACCUUCAAGCCUAUUAUCACCCAUGCCCCUAAAGGAGUCAAUGUUUUACACACUCUAAACAAGCUACCUAUACAACUUGUGUCUUUAUACAUGUUUGCACUUCUCGGUUUAAGAUGGUAUGAAACAGUAUUGUUACAGUUAAUGUACUGAUAUAAGUAAGGAAUAAUUGACUCCGGGCCGUUGAAUUAUUAGAAAAAUAAU